AUGCCUCCUCUCUCUCUCUCUGUCUGUCUCUCUGUCUCUGUACGGUAUAUAACAAUAUCUAUCUAUCUAUCUAUCUAUCUAUCUAGUCCUAUCUGUUCACUUUUCACUCUCUUUCAUUCUUUUUCCUUCUCAGUCUGCCUAUAUCUGUCUAUCUAUCUAUCUAUCUAUCUAUUAUUUUAUCUUAUUAUUAUUUUAUUAAUAAAUUUAUCACCUCCUUUUUUUUCCAUUUUUUUUCUGUUAUUCACUUACUUUAUAUUUGCGCAUGCGCGUAUUGCUGUCAUCCAGGUUUUUUUUGUUUUGCUUUUGACUAGCCUCGUUUUCCUUACAAGUACUGAAGUCCUUUUACAUCGUUUCCCUUCUUCUUUUCCCCCCUUCUUUCCCCCUUCUUUUCCUCUUUUCUUUUCCUUUCUUUUUCUCUUCUUCUUUCUACCCCUUCUUUUUCCCCCUUCUUCUUUUCCCCACUUCUUUUCCUCUUUUCUUUUCCUUUCUUUUGAUCUUUUUGUACCUUCUUUUUUCCUUCUUCUUUUCCCCUUCUUCUUUUCCCCUUCUUCUUUUCCCCUUCUUCUUUUUCCCCCUUCUUCUUUUUCCCCCUUCUUCUUUUCUCUUUUCUUUUUUCCCUUUUUUUGCCAUCUUUUUCCCAUUGUUCUUUUUCCUUCUUUUUUCUUCUUCUUUUUCUCUUCUUUUUCCCUUCUUCUUCUUUUUUCUUUUCUUUUCUUUUCCGCUUCUUCCCCCCCUCUUCUAAAUUUCUUCUUCUUCUUCUUCUUCUUCUUCUUCUUCUUCUUCUUCUUCUUCUCUCUCUAA